AUGAAGGAUGUUAUAGAAUCUAGAAGUAUAAAAUCUGAAGAAAAGAAUUAAUAGAGGGAUAGAUGGACUUAUGAGGAAGACAAAUUACUUUUUCAAGCAGUUAAGAAAUAUGGAACAAGCUGGUUUUAAGUUGCAUAAUUAUUUCAGAAUAGAAAUCCAAAUUCUUGCAUUUAAAGAUGGAAAAGAUUGAAAGGAAGAAACGUAAUAUAUUCAUUCUAAAUUAUUAGAAAAAAAACAAAUAAAAAUGGAGUAAACAAGAAGAUAAUUUACUUAAAUCAUUAGUCGCAGUUUAUGGUAAUUAAUGGAAUUAGAUUUCCAAAAAUUUUAAAGGAAAAACAAAUAAAUAAUGUAUGGAGAGAUACAACAAUUGCCUUAACCCAUUGGUUAAUAAGAAACCUUUUACAGCAGAAGAAGAUGAAAUUAUAUAUUAAAAUUACAUAUCUUUAGGUUCAAAAUGGUCUAAGAUAGCUAUGAAACUAAAUGGAAGAACGGUAAACUGUUUAUUAUAUUAGUUCAGCAAAACUAGGUCAAAAAUCGAUUCUAUUCUUGCAUUCUCUCUUCUCAUUUAUAUUUAUAAAAUCCAUAUUAUACAAAACUAACACAAUAACAAGUGAAAGAAACUCUUUAAAAAGUCAGGUAGGAGCAUAUAGAAAAAUUGUUAUUAGAAAAUGAUAAUUUACAUUUUAAAGACUUCGAAUAAAGUCAAUUAAAUGAAUUUGCUUCUGAAAGCUAAUCAUACUAAGUUGAAUACGAAGAUGAAUAUUCUAAUUUUCAUACCCUUGCUUGA